AUGGCCGUAACCGCCUCGGUCCCGCGCGGCGACGUCACCGCCACCCUCAACUACUACAACCCCCCCGCCGACAAGUCGGCCGCGCCCUUCAACUUCGUCGACACCCCGCCGGCGGGCCAGCCGCAGCGCAACUACUCCGACGCCGCGCACGAGACGCUCAUCCGGGACCUGCGCGGCCAGGAGUCCGCCUUCUCGCUCGACCGCGACGCCUUCCAGGUGCUGCGCGACGUGCCCGAGUCCGCCGAGCGCGCGUUCCUCGACGACGAGGCCAUCCGCCGCAACUACUACCCCGAGGUCGAGCGCCUGCUGCUCGACAGCAUCCCCGGCUCCAACCGCGUGCGCAUCUUCGACCACACCAUCAGGCGCGCUGACCCGGCCGCGUCGCGCAACCCCGUCACGCGCGUGCACAUCGACCAGACGGCCCCGUCGGUCGAGAAGCGCGUGCGCCGCUACUUUGAGGGCGACGAGGCGGAGGCCCUCCUGCGCGGGCGCUACCGCAUCGUCAACGUCUGGCGGCCCCUCAACAAGAACCCCGUCGAGUCCUUCCCGCUUGCCUUUGCCUCCACGUCGACGCUCGAGGACGCUGAUGUCAUCCCCAUCGAGCACCGCUACGCAGACGGCUACCUCGGCCAGACGGCCGCCAUCCGCCACAACGCCGCCCAGAAGUGGUACUACCUUAGUGGUAUGACGGGCAGCGAGCGCGUCCUGCUCGAGUGCUUCGAUAGCGAGUCCCUCAAGCCCGGCUCCAAGAUUGGCGGCCGCGUCCCGCACUCGGCCUUUGUCGACCCCCGGACCCGACCCGAUGCCGAGGGCCGCGAGAGCAUCGAGGUGCGCGCGCUCGUCUUUGGCCCGUGA